AUGUUCGCUCAGCGUGCCUUCCAGGCCUCCCUGCGCCGCGCUGCCGGUCCCCGCGGCAUUGCUGCACCCGCCGGGAUCCUGACGCAGUCGAGCUCCCCCCGCUCCAUCAGGCCUGUCGCGACGCAAAACAUUCCCGCCGCCGAGAGCAACCACAUCCUGGAGAAGCAGCGCCUGAACCGCCCCGUCGCGCCGCACCUGAGUAUCUACAAGCCGCAGAUCACCUGGUACAGCUCGGGCUUCCACCGUAUCACCGGCUGCGUGGUGUCUGGUGGCAUGUAUGUCUUCUUCAUGGCCUACGCUAUCGCUCCCCUCACCGGCUGGCACCUCGAGUCCCAGUCGCUCGCCGCCGCCGUCGCCGCCUGGCCUAUCGCCGCCAAGGUUGGCCUGAAGACUGUCGCCGCCCUUCCUUUCGCCUUCCACUCCAUCAACGGCCUUAGGCACAUUGCCUGGGACUUCGCCGUUGGUAUCAACAACAAGAAGGUCAUCCAGAGCGGUUGGACUGCGAUUGGCCUUACGGCUGUGUCGACAUUGGCGCUGGCAUUUUACGGUAACUAG